UUCUACGCGAACUAUGGGUUCGAGCCUGAUUCCGAUUGGCAUUCGCGCAGAAGGAAGCUGGACAAUGCCAAUGUUUCCAGUCCCGUACCAAAGUUCAAGUGGAAAGCUCUUUGGAAAACUAUGAGGACAGAUAUUUUUAAGGCACAGGCCCGGCAGAAGAAAUGGUAUGACCAGAAGCAUAUGAAACCUCCACAACCUGAAGAUGGGGAUAAGGUGAUGAUGGACCGACGCAAUAUGGUUGCCAAUCGACCCUCAAGCAAGCUUGACUACAAGAAACUAUGUCUCUUUGAGGUUGAUGAGAAACUUGUUGUUGCGUUCUACACGCUGAAGCUUCCCUCUUAA